AUGGCCACCACAGAGCGAGGGUUGAGUUCUACUGAGCUUAACCUUCGACCCAUGACUGCGGGUGCCAUUGGCAACUCAUCGCCCACAAUGUCUGAUUCGCAAUCUCCUCGUCUACACAAUGGCCCUCUCCCUCUUCCAUCCUUUGUUUUUCCUGCGAAACCAGCACCAAGGCCUAUGUCCUCAUCGGCACCAUCCUCUUACUCGAGAGCUUCCGGACGUCGACCGGUCUCCGCAAUCGAUCUGAAAGGUCCCUCCGACAUGCACUACGAACAGGAUAGUUUGCGCACUCCAGAACUUCCUGCUUUCUCCUUGGGCACCAGAUCAUCGAGCCCUCCAUCAUCACCGCUUUCACGCAAUAUCCCUCCGAGAUCUGGCGGACCACAUCAGAGAGGCACCAGCGAGUUCAUUGGAGGCGACAGCGUCACUGGAAAAUCUACCUUACCAAUGUCAGCUUCACCACCAACAGGUGAUGCCGCUCUCCCCCAACCCACUGGUUUCGGCCCACCUGGCGGACGCCGCGGCCACCGACAUGUCAGAUCGGCUGCCAUCUCCUGCCAUGACAUCACAAUGAUAUUGAAGCCUCCUACCAGCCCCGUAGCUGUCACUCGUGGCAAUUCCGCACCAUGUUCACCUGCUGGAGAUCAAGAGAUGCGACAACCAAUCAUUUCUGGCUCUGUUGAUGAGACUAAGAAAGCUAAAGUUGAGGAAACAGUUCGCGCGCUACCUACACCAGAUACAGAUAACGAAGCCGCAAGAGAGCCAUUGAGAGCAUUGAAUCGCGCUCGUGUGGGAUUUUCGGACAAUGUCGAAGUGAUUCCUCGCCCAUUAUCAGUUAUCUCUUCAGAUAGCUCUUCCACAGUCACCAUGCGACAAGGUCAUUCUGUCUCCAACAGUAUAUCUUCAGUCAUGUCAUAUGGAAAUUCUCCUACUCCGACAAAGGAUACCCGUGGCCUAACAAGCACUAAUCGUAGAAACAUGGAUACUCGCCCUCGCACUGCAGAGCCGGUUUUGGAUCGUGAAACCGCGGAAUCAAGAGAUUCGCCAAAGCGUCGCAAUUCUAUUCCACUCUUGAAUGAAGCAGCCAGCGCAUCAGUAUCUGAGCCAUCAACCCCAAGAUCCGCCAAGAAAUGGACUUUCUUUGGUCACGAUUCAUCCAAUUCAGGCGAAUGCUCUCCGAAGUCUCGACCAACCAGCUCCGGAUCUAUUGGUAAAAUUCGCGAGUCAAUUUUUGUUGGGCCUCAAACAGCGGAAAAAGAUACACCAAACAUCGAUCCUCCCAUGCAUACGAUUGAGCCUACUAGCUCCCGCCGUUCCUCAAUCUCGAGAAAGCCAAGCAAGAAGCAAAAGAAGGUUCGAAAUUGGGCCGGAUCAAUUUUGUCUCGCAAGACUCGCCAACGCAGCUCAAAGCAAAAGCUCAGUCGACGUUCCCCAACACCGCCACAAAGAUCGUACCCCACAAUUGAGGAGACCUCGAGAUUCGACUCGACAUAUCCUGAGUGUCAAGCACCGGUACCGACUCCUGAGCCUGACAACGAUAUUGCCUCUUGGAAACCACGAAAACUCCCACCUCAAGAAGAUGAUUCCGCCAGUGUAAUGAUCGAUCUUGAUGCCGCCUUGGGUCCUUUCAAUACACCUUCAAGCUUUGGUGACGAGUGGGAGACUUCACAAAGAACCAAUACAAGAAAGAGAGCUAUGCACAGUGCUGCUGGUUUAGGAGGAUUCGCUGGACCGGGUAUGCAUUAUCAUCGACGUGCAGAAAGUGCUCCGGAGUUCGACAGUCCAAGUCCACGUUUCGGCUUGCACCGUCUUGGCAGCAACUCAACCAUGACGAUGGAGGAUGUUUUUGAGGAGGAUGAAGAUGAGUGGGAGGAUGCAAAAGUCUCGUCUGAUAAGGAAGACGGCAACACUGGUUUAGGCAUUGACAUUAAGGUUGAGGACUUUGAGGAUGUCGAGUCUGACAAGGCUAUGAGCUUGGAAACCGGCUCGUUCAAUCAAAUGAAGCGCAAGGGUAGCAAUCUGAGUGAAGGAGACCGUAACACUGUUGGAACCGCAAAAUCGGAGCAUUCUGGCACUUCUUUGCUUGAUGAGCCUAUUAUGGAAGAGUCUAUCAGCCCACAUGACAUUGUCGACAUCACAACUUCUUCGCGACCAGAUUCCAGAGCUCGUUCUUCCGACUCGACCGCAACCCCACCCUUUCGUCCAAGAACCGGCAAGGAACUUCCGCCUGUCGACAUUCACCAGAAAUUCAACCUACAACCUUUCGGCCGCCAACCACCAUACUUGACUCCUACCAGCCCGCUCUCUGCAACGCAAUCUUCAUUUCCAUCGCCAAGAUCACCUUUCUCUUAUGACACUCAACGAAUUUCAACCGCACCUUCAUCAGUCACAGAUGAACGAGGAUUCCAAUCACUUUUGCUUGGGGAACCUGGACCUGAAGUUCGCCACUCUGUCGAAGAACACUCCCCAUCGCUUUCAAGCAUCAACUCGGCCUCGACAAGAGAUACCGGUUAUCCCAAUCAACAAUUUCGUGAUGGACAAAGAUCUGCUUCCUUGUCUUCUGCUGCCGUCACUCGCAAGCGCUCAAGCAUGGCAAGUCUGUCCCGCCUGAUUAGCAGCUCGCACGGAGAAAAGAGCAAGCUAUCCAUCGAGUCUCGUGUUCCAACCGAACCAGCCACCGCGUCCGAGAAGAAGGACAAGAAAGGCAAGCGAAUCAGUCGAUUGAUGCAAUUUUUGAAACCAAAGGAUACCCCAGCUGCUUGA